AUGGUUUCUGCCAGGGGCCAUUUCAUCUCACAUAUCCAAGAAAGAACAUGGGUUCAUCGUCUCUGGGACGAAGACGCACGAGAGACGCGCGAAGAGUUGCAUGGUGGACAGAAAAUAUACCUAAGUAUAUUUCUUCCUUCACCAUAUCUCAACAAAUCACUAAAAGCCAUUUCCCAUUGCAUAGCGCGGCUCAUCACAUCACUAUCGCUCCUGAAAACAAACGAUUUCCUCCAAUCCGUUUCCGUCUCCAUCCGUCAAUUUCCCAAUCCGCUCUUUCACCUGGGUACCCUCCAUUACCGCACGCACACGCACCUCCCCACCCUUCCCGAAAAUCCAGCUCUUUUCCCACUCACUACAGAUAUGUACGAUUUCCAACCUGUAACUCAAGAACCUUCACUGGGCGGCCAUUUACUCAGCAUUAGCGUGCAAGGCCUCACUCGAGUGAGUGACAAUGAUAGUAUUCCUACCAUAAGUUGA